AGAAUUUCGAAAAAGGAAAUUUGAGGUCAGUGAUGUGCAAGAGCAGAAGAAUGAUAUGUUCUCUUCUCCAAUCACUCGCCCUCUCUCCGAAGCCUGCCUCGUCUCUCCAGAAAUCUCUCCCGUCUCUCUCCAACUUCCCCCUCCCAUCUCAGGGCUGUCAUCUCAGUUCGGUUUCAGUUCCUUCCCGAUUCCGGACAUUCUGUUCCAAAUCCAUUGGAAGCAUGCAGAACCCAGAAGCCGUGUCUUAUCUUAUGCAGCGAGAAGCCGCCGAGAUCGAUGAGACCCUGAUGGGUCCUCUUGGUUUCAGCGUUGAUCAGCUCAUGGAAUUGGCUGGGCUAAGUGUAGCAACUUCAAUCGCAGAGGUUUAUAAACCGAAGGAUUAUAACCGAGUUUUAGCAAUUUGUGGUCCUGGCAACAAUGGCGGUGAUGGACUCGUAGCAGCAAGGCAUCUUUACCACUUCGGAUAUAAACCGUUUAUCUGUUAUCCUAAACGUACAUCAAAGCCGCUUUAUACUGGACUGGUCACUCAGUUGGAGUCACUUUCAGUUCCUUUCUUGUCUGUCGAUGAUCUGCCAGAGGACUUGUCAAAGGAUUUUGAUGUUGUUUUGGAUGCAAUUUUCGGGUUCUCAUUUCACGGUGCACCAAGGCCUCCUUUUGAUGAUCUGAUACGGAGAUUGGUGAGCUUGCACAAUCGUGACCAGACACUCCAAUCACACCCGGUCAUCGUCUCCGUGGAUAUUCCAUCUGGGUGGCAUGUUGAAGAAGGAGAUGUUGAAGGUGGAGGAAUUAAACCUGAUAUGUUGGUUUCCUUGACUGCUCCAAAACUAUGUGCAAAGAGAUUUUGCGGUCCCCAUCAUUUUUUGGGUGGAAGGUUUGUUCCACCUUCUGUUGCAGAAAAGUAUAAGCUACAGCUUCCUGGUUACUCGGGGACAUCAAUGUGCGUUAGAAUUGGUAAACCUCCCAAGAUCGAUAUUUCUGCCAUGAGAGAGAACUAUAUCUCUCCAGAGUUGCUGGAGGAGCAGGUUGAAGCUGAUCCUAUUUCUCAGUUUCGUAAAUGGUUUGAUGAGGCUGUUACUGCUGGAUUGAGAGAAGCAAAUGCUAUGGCUUUGACUACUGCUAACAAGGACAUGAAACCCUCGUCAAGAAUGGUCCUGCUGAAAGGAUUUGAUGAGAAUGGAUUUGUCUGGUUCACCAAUUACGAGAGUAGAAAGGGUUCUGAUUUAUCAGAAAACCCUUUUGCUGCGCUUCUUUUUUACUGGGAUAGCCUUAAUCGGCAGGUGAGAGUUGAAGGGCCUGUUGAGAAACUACCCGAGGAAGAAUCUGAGAAGUACUUCCAUAGCCGUCCUAGGGGAAGUCAGAUCGGAGCAAUUGUUAGCAAGCAGAGUUCGGUUGUUCCUGGAAGGCAUGUUCUAUACCAAGAGUACGAAGAACUGACGGAUAAAUAUUCAGAUGGAAGUUUGAUACCAAAACCAAAAAACUGGGGAGGAUACAGACUUAAACCAGUCCGGUUUGAGUUUUGGCAAGGGCAGCCGUCUCGUCUGCACGACAGAUUGGAGUACGCCCUUCAAGACGCUGACAGGGAACCAGCGUGGAGAAUUCAUCGGUUGGCUCCAUGACUAGUAUCUAUCUGCAACUUCUUCCCCGUGAAAUCUGCCAGGUCUCUUACCGAGCUAUCGGACUACAACCCAACUCAAGGUAUGUGUUAUUAUUCCUCCGGAAAAAGUCGGUUAUAAGGGUGAAACUUGCAUUAAGAUCUCAUAGAAGAAGAAUAAGGUUUGUGUCUGUUGUUGUGUGAGAAUGGUCGAAAGACAAACUGCUCGUGACAUCAACUCCUUUGCUUUGAAGUCAUGAUCUGUCACAGUUCUCAUAGUUGUAGAAGCCAUGUUAAAACCACCAAAAUGCAAACACAACAGCACGAAAUAGAUUUGCCCUAAAACCGUCCUGUACCUAAGGUUGGUUCAAUUUCGGUUUUCGGUUUU